GUCAUUUUUCCAGAGUACAUCGUCUUAUGUGUAUUUGUUGCUGAUAUAGUUGUAUUUUACAACUUCUCCAAUAUAACGUAAUACAUGCACCCCCACGCUUUUCCACAACCAGAAUAGCCAUCCAUGGAUAUAGACUGAUAUUUAACUGCUAUGCUAUCGUUAACCUCUUCAUAUUCUGGCACCGUCAUGCACUUAACUAGCGAAGACCUCGAAAAGCACAACAGCAAGGACUCCUGCUGGGUGGCCAUCCACGGCUCCGUCUACGAUGUAACAGACUUCCUCGAGUCCCAUCCAGGCGGGCCAAAGGUCAUCUUGCGAUGCGCCGGAAAAGACGCAACAGCAGACUUCGACGCCGUGCAUGACCUCGAACUGCUAGCACAGACAUUACCCGCGUCCGCUCUCCGAGGGACAAUAACCCCCGGUUCUCUCUCUGUUAGCAACAAACAACCAUCGACAGGAAACAAGAACACGACAGAGGCACCACCCCUAACUAGCCUCAUCAACCUACAUGACUUCGAGCAAGUCGCCCAAACCCACCUGACUCCCAACGCCUGGGCCUACAUCUCCUCGGGCGCCGAAGACGAACUCACCAAGCGCCAAAACGCCAAAGCAUUCCAGAAGGUUUCCCUGCGCCCGCGCAUCCUCCGCCGUAUUCCAACCACCGACACUACCGUCACCAUCCUGGGAAAGAAAGUCUCGCUACCGGUGUACAUGAGCGCGACGGGGAUCGCCAAAUAUGCACACCCGGACGGCGAGCGGGCAUUUGCGGCUGCGGCUGGACAUGAGGGACUCGCGAUGCUACUUGCCAAUGGGUCAAGUUUUCCGAUUGAGCGGGUGAUGGAGGCGAGGACAGACGGCUCGCAGCCGGUGUUUCAGCAGUUGUAUGUGAAUCGAGAGAUUGGCAAGUCGGAGGAGAUUGUGCGGCGUGCCGAAAAGGCUGGGGCUGGCGCGAUUUGGAUUACGGUGGAUUCGCCGGUUGUGGGGAAGAGGGAGAUGGAUGAACGGUUGAAUUUGGAACAGGAUUCUGGGUCUGGACAAGGCGUUGCGAAGACAAUGGCUAGUUUUAUAUCGCCGUUCAUUGACUGGGAGAUCCUCACCUGGCUGCGGGGGAUAACCGGCCUGCCUAUUGUUAUUAAAGGCAUCCAGUGUGUUGAGGACGCAGUUCUUGCGUAUCAACAUGGCGUUCAAGGGAUUGUUCUUUCCAACCACGGUGGGCGCUCGCAGGAUACAGCCCAAGCACCGCUUCUGACUCUUCUGGAGAUCAGACGGUACGCGUCAUUUCUAAUCGACAGCCCGAUGGAAAUCUACAUUGACGGCGGUAUUCGGCGCGGUACCGACGUGCUGAAGGCUAUUGCUUUGGGUGCAACUGCCGUCGGGAUUGGACGACCUCUGCUGUACAGUCUUUCAGCUGGGUAUGGCGAGCAGGGUGUGCGACGAGCUAUCGACAUCCUAAGACAGGAGAUCGAGGCGAACAUGACGUUCCUUGGGGUGACGAGUAUGAAGGAGUUAGGGCCACAUCUACUGAAUGCAUCUCGACUGGAGAGAGACGUUGUUGGGGCAGUGAAGUUAUAAGUAAUGAAACCAAGAAACAAGAAUACUCUACUGAAG